UGGUGCUAAACAGCCCAGAGCAGAGACUUUAACUUAAUCUAGCUUCAGCUCGCUCCAUCCCACUGAUGGUGCCAGAUACAAACACGCAACCUUGGGGAGAAGAGAUUCGCUUUCCUGGGCACAAAGGCAGGGGUUGGCUGCUCGGCUUGGCUGGGCUCAGGGCACUGCCCAUUCCACUUGGCUCCUGCUGGCACCGGUGGCAACUCAGCCCCACCACGUCUCCCUCCAGCCACCCUCCCUGGCUGAGGCAGCCCUGGGGGGAGUGUCUGUGUGAGCCAUGAUGGCACCCUGCCAGUGGAAUGCCCGGGGUGCAGCGCUGCUGGUCCUGGUGCAGGGCUGGGCACUGUCCGUGAGUCAGGAGUAUGACUACUACAGCUGGCCUUCGGACAACUUCCAACAUGGGCGCUUCUACGCCAAGCAGCCGCAGUGCGUGGACAUCCCCGCUGACCUGCAGCUCUGCCACAAUGUGGGCUACAAACGCAUGCGCCUCCCGAACCUGCUGGAGCACGAGUCCAUGCCAGAGGUCAAGCAGCAAGCCAGCAGCUGGGUGCCCCUGCUGGCCAAGCGAUGUCAUUCGGACACCCAAGUCUUCCUGUGCUCCCUGUUUGCACCCGUCUGUCUGGACCGGCCCAUUUACCCAUGCCGUUCACUGUGUGAGGUGGUCCGGGACUCCUGUGCUCCUGUCAUGGAAUCCUAUGGCUUCCCCUGGCCGGACAUGCUCAACUGCAACAAAUUUCCCUUCGACAAUGACCUGUGCAUCGCCGUGCAGUUUGGAAACAGCCAGGCUACUCAGCCACCAGUUUCCAAGAUCUGCACCCAAUGUGAAAUGGAGCACAAAGCUGAUGGCAUCAUGGAGCAGAUGUGUUCCAGUGACUUUGUGGUGAAGAUGCGCAUCAAAGAGAUCAAGAAGGAGAAUGGAGAGAGGCGGCUGGUGGCUGCACAGAAGAAGAAAAAGCUGCUCAAAGUGGGGCCACUGAAACGCAAGGACACCAAGAAGCUGGUGCUGCAUAUGAAGAAUGCAGGCGCCUGCCCUUGCCCCCAGCUGGACGACCUCAGUGGCAGCUUUCUGGUGAUGGGUCGCAAGGUGGGUGGGCGCCUGCUGGUCUUGGCCAUUUAUCGCUGGGAGAAGAAAAAUAAGGAGAUGAAAUUUGCUGUCAAAUUCAUGUUCUCCUACCCCUGCUCCAUGCACUACCCCUUCUUCUAUGGGGCAGACCCCCACUGAACCCCCAGUCCUUCUGAGAACCUUCCUUGCAGCACUCCCCACACUUUCAGUCCCACAUUCUGAGACCAUAGAUACCCCCCUUCUUCUAUGGGCAGACCCAAGCCAAGCCACAUACUGUCAGAACACAUCCUUGCAAAGUUUCUUUAUUUCGUAGGACAAACUCCAUUUAAUUCGAAAACUUCGCAAGAGCUCUGCCCACUUUGGAUAGUCAACUUCAGAGAGCUUGCAGGAAUCCCCUCCGUCCCCUUCAUCCCCAGCACACUUCCACGAAAAAAAUAGAGCAGUCUUGCCAACUGUGGGCAACCACUCACCCAGCCCCAUAUUACCCCUUUUUCUAAUAAUGGCUGAAUUGCCUAGAAGAGCCUUUUCCAGCCAGGCACCCUUCAGAUGUGUUAGACUACAUGUCCCAUAAUCUUUGCUGGCUGGGGGAUUUGGGGAGUUGUAGUCUAGGCCAGCACAUCUGGAGGGCACCAGAUUGUAUUUAGUGGAAAUAUAUAAUUAACUGCAGCAUUUAAAGAAAGCUUCUCCAGUCUAUUCUUAAUGCCUACCAGUAAAGAAUGA